CUUUUUGUAUUAUGUUUAAGAAAUUAUUUCCUAACCUGAGAUCAUGAAGAUAACCACUUGUAUUAUCUUCAAAAGGUUUGUAGUUUUGCCUUUGACAGUUAGGUAUACAACCCACCUAGAAUAGGUUUUUGUAAAUGGUUUGAGGUAGGGGUCCAAUUUCAUUUUUUUCCUCAUCUCAAUACCUAGUUAUCCCACAACCCAUUAUUGGGGGUAAACUAUCUUCUUACUGCUCUACAGGGUCCUGUCUAUUAUAUAAUGUAUCUGUCUCUAUGAUCUUGAUUGUCUCCAUUGAUGUGUUUCUGUUCCCAUACCAAUAUCUCACCAUCUUAAGUAGGAAAGCAUUAAAAUAGAUUUAUGCUAGAGUACAGCUUCCUCAUGUUCUUCAUCAACAGUAUCUAGUAUAUUGGCUCUUGGUGCUUGUAUGGAUAUUGUAGACUUAGCUUAAGUUCCACAAAAUUCUGUGGGUUUUUUUUUUUUUUUUUGAGGGAUGAUUUUGAAAUCAAUUUUGAAAAAAUGAACAUCUCUAUGAUAUUGAGGCUUCCUAUCUGUGCAUAUGUUUUCUCUCUAGGUCUUCUUCAGUAUCUCUCAAUAAUAGGUUAUAAAUUUUCUCCCUAGAAGUCUUGGGAGCUCAAACUACUUCAAGAGUGUCUUAAAUGUUUUAUUUUUCCUAUUGGAGUUUCCUCCUUGAUUUGGUUGUAUACAAUCAUCAGUAAGUCGUCUGAGAAAGGAUCCACAAAAGGUACCCAUUUGUACCAGCACCAUUUACUGAAAAGACCAUCCUUUCCUUACUGCUUUGUGGUGCCUGCAUCAUAUAUCAAAUGUUCAUAUAUACAUAGCUCAGAAUAAAGAGACCAAUGUUUUAGCUGCUGCAAAGGUGAUUGACACGAAAUCUGAAGAAGAACUUGAAGAUUACAUGGUUGAGAUUGAUAUAUUAGCAUCUUGUGAUCAUCCAAAUAUAGUCAAACUUCUAGAUGCCUUCUAUUAUGAGAACAAUCUUUGGAUCCUCAUUGAAUUUUGUGCAGGUGGAGCAGUGGACGCUGUGAUGCUUGAACUUGAGAGACCAUUAACUGAGUCCCAAAUACAAGUAGUUUGUAAACAGACUCUAGAGGCUUUGAACUACUUACAUGAUAAUAAAAUCAUCCACAGAGAUCUGAAGGCUGGCAACAUUCUUUUUACCUUAGAUGGAGAUAUUAAGUUGGCGGAUUUUGGAGUAUCAGCUAAAAACACAAGGACAAUUCAAAGAAGAGAUUCCUUUAUCGGCACACCAUAUUGGAUGGCUCCUGAAGUAGUCAUGUGUGAAACAUCUAAGGACAGACCCUAUGACUACAAAGCUGAUGUUUGGUCCCUGGGUAUCACUCUAAUAGAAAUGGCUGAGAUAGAACCACCUCAUCAUGAAUUAAAUCCAAUGCGAGUGCUGCUAAAAAUAGCAAAAUCUGAACCCCCUACAUUAGCACAGCCAUCAAAAUGGUCUUCAAAUUUUAAGGACUUUCUAAAGAAAUGCUUGGAAAAGAAUGUGGAUUCCAGGUGGAAUACAUCUCAGCUACUGCAGCAUCCUUUUGUUACGGUUGAUUCCAACAAACCAAUUCGAGAGCUGAUUGCAGAGGCAAAGGCUGAAGUAACAGAAGAAGUUGAAGAUGGCAAAGAGGAAGAUGAUGAUGAGGAAACAGAAAAUUCUUUGCCAAUACCUGCAAGUAAGCGUGCCUCUUCUGACCUUAGUAUUGCCAGCUCUGAAGAAGAUAAACUUUCACAAAAUGCUUGUAUUUUGGAAUCUGUCUCUGAAAAAACAGAACGUAAUACUUCUGAAGAUAAAUUUAACAGCAAAGUUCUUAAUGAAAAACUUACCACAGAUGAACCUGAAAAAGCUGCAGAGGAUAUUAAUGAACAUAUUAAUGAUGCUCACUUAGAAGCUAUGGCUGAACUUGAUAAUAGGACAAUAGUAAUCAAGGAAAAUGGCAGAGAGGAGAAGAGACCCAAGCUUGAAAGUCUUCCUGAUACAGAAGACCAAGAAACAAUGGACAUUAAUUCAGUCAAUGAAGGAAAAGAGAAUAAUAUAAUAACUUUAGAAACAGAUAUUGAACAGAGUCUGAAACCUGAGGAAGAAAGGGAUCAAGAAAAGCAACAGAUAUUUGAAAAUAAGAUUAUAAAAUCUGAAGAAAUUAAAGAUACUGCUAUUCAAACAAUGGACUUAGUUUCUCAAGAGACUGGAGAAAAAGAGGCAGACAUUCAGGCAGUUGAAAAUGAAGUUGCACUUACAAAGGAAGACACCCAAGAGAAAUUGGGAAAGAAUGAUGAAACUCCAGAAGAAGUGAUCAGCCAUAUAAGCGAUGUCAUAGGAACAAAUGAGGCAGGAGAUGUUGCCCAGAAGGCAGUUGAAAACAAUGCUGAGGAUGCUCAGAGUAAUGAUGGGAAUGAAGUGGUUGAAGUAGACCAGAAAUUAGUAAGUAAGCCCACAGAGGGUCCUGAGGCUGGUGGUUCUGAGGAAGUUCCUUUUAAAGACAUAGUGGAAACUAAGGAGAUAGAUCAGAAGUCUUUGGAAGAUAAAGAUGAAGAACAGUCACUCAGCAGUUUAGAGAACAUAGUGAAAACCAGUGAGGAAUCUGGCACAAAUGAAGGUGAGGAAAUUACUGAGUCCAGUAGCACUGAAGAAAUAGAGGUCAGACAUGCAGUAAUUUAUACUGACCAAGAGGCUUUAGGAAAUGAAACUCCAGAUGCUCAUGAAGCUACUGCUCAGAUAGAUACAGAGCAAAAAGCAAUUCCAUGUGAAGUGCCAAUUGAAAGAGAACCUCCCGUGACUUCCUCUUCACAGCCUAGUGAACCUCAGCCUGUUCCAAUACCCAGUAUUAAUAUCAACUCUGAAGAUGCAGAAAAUAAAGGGGAAAUAGGUGCUUUAUCAAAAACUGAAACCAUGUUGCUUCCAGAAUCUGAGAAUCAAAAGGAAAAUGAUACUGAUUCAGGCACUGGUUCCACCGCUGAUAAUAGCAGCAUUGACUUAAAUUUAUCCAUCUCUAGCUUCCUAAGCAAAACUAAAGACAGCGGAUCAAUAUCUUUACAAGAAACAAGAAGACAAAAGAAAACAUUGAAGAAGACCCGCAAAUUUGUUGUUGAUGGCGUAGAAGUGAGUGUAACCACGUCAAAGAUAGUUACAGAUAGUGAUUCCAAAACUGAAGAGUUGAGGUUUCUUAGACGUCAGGAACUUCGGGAGUUAAGAUUCCUUCAAAAAGAAGAGCAAAGAGCCCAACAGCAGCUCAAUAGCAAACUGCAACAACAACGAGAACAAAUUUUCCGGCGCUUUGAGCAAGAAAUGAUGAGCAAAAAGCGUCAAUAUGAUCAAGAGAUUGAGAAUCUAGAAAAACAGCAGAAACAGACUAUUGAACGUCUAGAACAAGAACACACAAAUCGCUUGCGAGAUGAAGCCAAACGCAUUAAAGCAGAACAAGAGAAAGAGUUGUCCAAAUUUCAGAAUAUGUUAAAGAACCGAAAGAAGGAGGUUAUAAAUGAAGUGGAGAAAGCACCCAAAGAGCUGAGAAAAGAGCUCAUGAAACGCAGGAAAGAGGAGCUUGCACAAAGCCAGCAUGCUCAGGAACAGGAAUUUGUUCAGAAGCAACAACAAGAAUUAGAUGGCUCUCUGAAAAAGAUCAUCCAACAGCAGAAGGCAGAACUGGCCAAUAUUGAAAGAGAGUGCCUGAAUAACAAACAGCAGCUCAUGAGAGCUCGAGAAGCUGCAAUUUGGGAGCUUGAAGAACGACACUUACAAGAAAAACACCAGCUGCUCAAACAGCAACUUAAAGAUCAGUAUUUCAUGCAAAGACAUCAGCUACUUAAGCGCCAUGAGAAGGAAACAGAACAAAUGCAGCGUUAUAAUCAACGACUUAUUGAGGAAUUGAAAAACAGACAGACUCAAGAAAGAGCAAGACUGCCUAAGAUUCAGCGCAGUGAAGCCAAGACUCGAAUGGCCAUGUUUAAGAAAAGCUUGAGAAUUAACUCAACAGCCACACCAGAUCAGGACCGUGACAAAAUUAAGCAGUUUGCUGCUCAAGAAGAAAAGAGGCAGAAAAAUGAGAGAAUGGCUCAGCAUCAGAAACAUGAAAAUCAAAUGCGGGAUCUUCAGUUGCAGUGUGAAGCCAACGUCCGAGAGCUGCAUCAGCUGCAGAAUGAAAAAUGCCACCUAUUGGUAGAGCAUGAAACUCAGAAACUCAAGGAAUUAGAUGAGGAACACAGCCAAGAAUUAAAGGAAUGGAGAGAGAAAUUGAGACCUAGGAAAAAGACACUGGAAGAAGAGUUUGCCAGGAAACUGCAGGAACAGGAGGUGUUCUUUAAAAUGACUGGGGAGUCUGAAUGCCUUAACCCAUCAGCACAGAGCCGGAUUUCCAAGUUUUAUCCUAUCCCUAGCUUGCAUUCCACAGGGUCGUAACAAUAGGAAGCAGUCUGUGGUUCGGUUUGGCUUUUUAAAUAUGUCAUUCUGUUCUCUUCAUCUUCUGCCACAAUCUAUAUCAGAGAGCUUAUGAAGACAAUCACCUGCCUCACCUUCUAGGUGUUUUUUGUUUAUUUGUUUGUUUGUUUGUUUAGCAAAGAUGAAGGGAAAGGAACCGUGACAGAUGCUAGGCCAUGUUGGCGAAGUGGCAUCUUGCAGUAAUUCCCUAAGGUGAUUUUGUAUAUUAAUCUUAAAAAUUGUGUUCUUUAGACACUGUUAGGUGAAAUACUUUAGAAAUAAAAUGUUUGAGGUGUUUUUUUUUUUUUUUAAAGCUGUUAGGUCACUGAGUAUUAGUGAAUAUCUUUUUACCUGACCUAACUUCUCAGUGAUGCCUAAAUUCUGUAGUUGCAACUCUGCUGUAGAGAGUUGGAAUAAUUUUAUUUUGGUGAAUCUGCUCUCAUGAAAAAGCUAUGAGUUGCUCAAAAUACCAUAUUGGUUGAGUAAAUAAAUCUAUUUUAUCUUUAAAUAGCAACAAACUUUUUAAAAAGAAACAUUAUUUCAAUAGUUUGUCUAAAAUACUUACUUUCAGUCAUGAGCUAAAAAUUAAGGGUGCUAGUUUUAUUAAAAUAGUGCCUAAAACACUAAAUUUCAUUGGAGUCUAAAGUAGGAUUUUCUCUUGAUUCAACAGGGACAAACAUCCUUAGCAUUAAACAUUAUUGUAUUUUAAGUCUUGCUCCUGUUACCAUUUGAUGAAAUUUCCAUCCUAAAAUCUAUGUUUUGCAAGGUUGGAAAGAUGUAAAAAAAGUAGCUUUUAGAUACUGAAAUUCGGCACGUAACACUCACCAAAUUGAAAGCAUGGACUUAGCGUUCCAGCUCAUUUCCUAAAAGAGUCUGUGAGCUGGGCAAGGGACCUCUUCCAUCCUAGCACACUUUGUCCGUUGAAGACUCUGCAGGCUCUGCGUUAAAUGUACUUUCUGAAAUUAAUCUUAAAAGAGGCAUUUGUUCAGAAUACUUUUUCAGAAAGCAUUUAAAUAAAAUACUUAGGCAACGUCAGAAAUGACUGUGUUGUUGAGAGAAAGUCAUUUGUAUUUUGGUUUUAUUUAGUUCCAUGUUUAAAUUAUUUGAUUUGAAUGGGAAAAGCCUGACACCUUUACCAUCUGGUUGCUGAUAUGUGUAAUUAUUAAUGAAAUGUUCACUCUUGGUCCCUCUUGUGGCUUAGAAUUCCAAGCCCGCGUCAGGUCAAGCAAUAUUAUGAAAUGUACUUGGGUCGGUGAGACGGCACAUUUGUAAAUCAUGCUUGCUGCUUGCCACUUCCAGCCUGUUCUCUCCGAAGAGUACCAGGUACCAAGUUGUGGAAGUUUCAUUUUUUAGUUACGUUAUGUUUGAGGCUGGUGAAAAAUUCAAGUGUAAUUUUGUGGGAACACUGAUUCAUGUUAAGAAAAUGUAAAUAUGUGUAGUAGCACUUUCUUGCAGUUAAUUUGAAAACUUUGAAUGCUGAACCUUAUUUUGUCAGUGGUUUAGAUGAUUUAAAAAUGCAUGUGUGAUUUUAAUUUUGUAAUUGUUUUGACAAGCAUAAUUUCUUGGACAACUCUGUAGGUAGCCUUAACUUCUGGCCAAGUUUGUUUUUUAUAUAAGUAUAUAUACAUAUAUAUAUAUACAUAUAUAUAUAUAUAUUAUGUAUGGUUGUAAAUUCAUACACUUAUCACAUUGAAUGUGUUGCUGUAUACAAAACUCUUUUAAUGCUUUAUUCUCAAAUGCUGGGUUGAAAAAUGUUUUGAAAGCCUUUUAAAGUAUAUAUCUUUAUAAAGUAAUAUUCAGGAUGAUGAUGGAAAUUGUUUAUAUUAUUAUGAUAAAAAUGACAUUAUAAUGUUACCCAAUGUAUUUAAUGAUUUAUUUGCAGAGGGAGAGAGGAGGAAGGUUCUUACUACUCUCUCCUUUGAAAUUUUCAGUUUAUUGGCUUUAUAAAAAGAAUUCAGGUAGUGGACGUUUUUUCAGUAUCUUUUAAAGGAUAUCCUGUGUGCUAAAUAGCUUGUGGCACAUAAUCAAUUUAGUCUGAAUAUUUGAUUCUUUUUAUUCUUUUCAACUUGUCGUGAGAGUAUUGAAUAAAGAAAAGAGGCUCAGAGUAGAAUGGUUGACACUCUGGUAAAUUUAUUAGCAAAUCUUGUAAAACCCUUAAAACUGCCCUUUGGAUUCAGUGUCCUUGCUGGAGUUCUCUUUCAUAUAUAA